ACCACCACUUUUGUUGAUGACGCACAAUUUCUCAGACGUCAAGUACUUUACUUCAAACAAGAUGGCAGCGCGCUCUGGAGAUAAACGUGGCUUGGAACAUUUGGACGAAUAUGAACCUAAACCGGCCAAACAACAGCGAAGCCUUCACGAACGGAUGUCGGAUAGGCGCCUUGUUGUUGUUCUCGAGGGAGCGACGCUGGAAACCGUGAAGGUCGGAAAGACGUUUGAGCUGCUUAACUGCGACCAACACAAGAGCAUGAUCAUAAAGAAUGGAAGGGAUCCAGGAAGCAUUCGACCAGAUAUCACACAUCAGUGCCUGCUGAUGCUGCUGGACAGUCCAUUGAACCGCGCAGGAUUACUGCAGGUGUAUGUACACACAGAGAAGAAUGCACUGAUUGAAAUCAACCCACAGACCCGAAUCCCACGCACAUUUGUUCGCUUCUGUGGACUUAUGGUCCAGCUUCUUCACAAGCUCAGUGUGAGGGCUGCUGACGGGCCCCAGCGGCUGCUGAGACUCAUUAAAAACCCGGUCUCGGAUCACCUGCCCCCCGGCUGCCCCCGCAUCGCCACCUCCUUCUCCGCCGGAGAGGCAGUCUGCGCCAGGACUGUUGUUCCCGAGGAGGGGCCUGCCACGGUUGUGAUCGGAGCCUUCGCACAUGGAGCGGUGAAUGUGGAUUACACAGAGAAGACCGUGUCUAUCAGUAACUACCCUCUUUCUGCAGCCUUGACUUGUGCGAAGAUGUGUUCGGCCUUUGAGGAGGUCUGGGGUGUGUUGUGACCUGAAGAGCUGCAGUAAAUGGGGAGUGUCGUCUUGAGUAUGGAGGAAAGGACACUGACAUUGAGCCACGACUCAGGGGAUGGAUGUGUGCCUGGUGUUUUACAGAAUACACAGUGAUGUAUUUUCAGUAGUCAGGAUGGAGAGCAAUUUACUUGGUAACUGAAUGCUGAAUGGGCUCCUGGCUCUUGUCAAAGCUAUACAUAAAAUAUGUAGAUAAAUUACUGUUUGUGUGGGUUUUUCUUCACAGGGGAAGCAUUUCACUGUAUAGGAUUUUCAUUUAAUGGCAGUGCUAUUCCUCUGUAUAGUUUUUUUCUACAAAAUACAAAUAAACUCAUUGUGAUACCUCA